CACAAAGUCACAACUCGCAGACUCGCAACUAGCUCAGCUAUGGUUGGAAAAAUUAUUCGUUUAGUCGUUUGUCAUUGAAUAAUUUUGAUCGAACUAUCAGUUAACUUGUUCGAUUUUGUAUUGGUGAAAGCACAAUAUGUCGGUGAAGACUAAUCAAAUAACCGUCAGUCUGUUCUUCCAACCCUAGCUAGAGGCGGCUUCAGGCAACAGUUGUUUGUUUUUCUACUGCUGUUGCUGGUUUCAUUGUGUAACUUUAAUUAAAAAGUUAUUAUUAUGAAAAGAAAAAGAAGCAGGUCUUCACUUUGGCGCGACCAAAAGAAUCCUUGGUCAUGUUGCGUUUAUCAUGCUGAUGUUCCCUCCCUAAAUGAGAAGUGUGAAUGCGAAUUUCACAGUAUUGAAUGCUGUGAAUAUCAUACCAGUGCAGAAACUUUUUGCUGCGAAUAUCACACAGCUGCAAGUCCUGCGAGUGUACUGGAACACGACGUAACACUUUCUAGUCAUGACUUUGCAUCAGACAACAUUGUCAAUGACUGUGAUCCUGAACCUCUGUUUGCUGAGCAAUUACCAUCCCCAAGAACUCGGUGUCGCCCUCCUGAUUUUAGUGAUGAUGAAUUUCAAACUUCAGAGCAACUUUAUCGGGAGCAAUUACUGCCACAUAUGUCAGCUUCUUCCAACUCCACUUGUGAUACAGAAUCUAGUUGCCAGUCUGUUGGUCAAGAAGAAGAAUUUCAACAACCCGACAGUGAUGACUCAUUAUUCGAGUCUUCUCCUGGGAAAGAUAUUCAAGUGUGUGCUUAUGAUGAAGAUCCUAACAACGCUCAUGACUCUGAUAAUGAUUCAAGCAGAUCAAGAAGUGACAUUUCCGCAGACAUUGAAUCAGAUGAUUCUGAGCCACACGACUCACAGUCUGAUGAAGAUUCAAACUCAGAUGAGCCCGAUGAUUUUGAUCCACACGACUCACAGUCUGAUCAAGAUUCAAACUCAGAUGAGCCUGAUGAUUCUGACCCAGAUGACCCAGACUCGGAACCAGAGGAUCAAAAUCAUGGCCAAGAUCAGUCCGAUUCAGAUCCUGACGCUGACAUGCAGAGAGGGGCUCGCAACUUCUCCCUAGAAAAUUAUAAUCUUGAUGAGGUGUUGGAGGCAGCAGAAGGGCGCACAGCACGGGAGGUUGUUGCAAUGGUCAUUGCUUUAGCUGUUCGCAGUAAUUUAGACUAUCAGACAGUUGUCAAAAUUUUUUCAAUAAUCCAUGCAACUAUGGAUAGAUCUAGGUUACCCAUCACUAAAGACCAAAUGUGGUCUUCUUUAAGCAGGCAAGCAGCAGGGAUACGCAAACAUGUAUAUUGUUCGGAAUGUUUUAGAUUAAUUGGUUUUCUACCUCAUCUGGCAAAUCCUGUCGUGUGUAUUUGUGGCUCAACUAAGCCCAAGUCAAAAAUGAAGUAUUUUAUAACUUUAAAUGUCCGGAGUCAAUUAGAAGCAAUCUUAAGCAAACCAAACAUGUGGAACAAAUUGCAGUAUCCUCAGCAAAGGCAGAAGACACACCCAGACGCAAUAGAAGACAUUCUUGAUGGGGAAGCCUACACAGCACUUAGACAUGAACAGGCACUUACCCCAAGUGACUUUACAUACACCUUCAAUAUGGAUGGUUUGAAGACAAGUAAAUCAUCAAAAAGUGAAGCAUGGCCAAUUUUCAUGAAGAUAAAUGAAUUACCACCAAAUCUUCGCCAGAACAAUGUUGUUCUGGCAGGAAUAUGGUUAGACCAAGACUACGUCAACUUCAGAUUGUUUAUGAAGACAUUUGUGAAGCAAUCAAACAAGUUAUCUACUAAUGGUGUAGUAUGGAAACCAAACGGUGUGGAUGAUCAAGUUAGCCGCUUCCUUCCAACUUGCUGUUGUGCUGAUGCCAAAGCAAGAGCAGGAAUAUUAAACAUGGCACAGUAUUCUGGUUCAUUUGGCUGCACAUUUUGUGAACACAUUGGAAUUAAACUUGAAGGGAGUAUGAAAUUUCCUAUCCCAGGCACUGUGGUUCACAGAUUAAGACGGCGUAGAAGGCAAGAAUAUGUAGAGAGGGUAGUGAUUCCACCAGCACCACGGCGGACUCAUAAUGGCAUAAGAGCAGCUAUGAUAUAUAUUGGUCGACAUCCAGGAACUCCUAGGAUACGAGGAGUGAUUGGGCCAUCUCCAUUGGCACUCAUGUUGCACUUCAAUUUUAAAAGCGGUUGUUCAACUGAUGACCUGCAUCCCAUUUUCAAAGGUGUAACAGAAACACUUACAGAACUAAUUUUGGAGGGAGUUCCUAAUGAAUACCAGAUUGGAGUUCAAGAAAGAAGCAUUAUCAGCAGGCGUUUGGCCAGUAUACUCACUCCCACUCACAUAACUAGGAAGCCAAGGUCUAUUGAUUUAAUACACAUGUGGAAGGCAUCUGAAUGGCGUAAUUGGCUGUUAUACUAUGCCAUUCCAUGUUUACUUAAUAUUGUGCCUGUGAGAUACCUCAGACUGUUAGGUCUCUUGUCCAAUGCUAUUUUUCUUCUGUCAAGAGAUGUCAUCCAGGAAGAGGCAUUGGUGGAGGCAGACCAAUGCCUUCAGGAGUUUGUCCAACAGUUUCAAGCUAUCUAUGGACCUGCGAGAAUGGUUUUCAAUGUUCACAUUCUCACUCACAUUGUGGAGUGUGUAAGAAAUUGGGGGCCAUUUUGGGCGCAUAGUACCUUUCCUUUUGAGUCCUGGAAUCACCGCAUAGCAAAAACAGUGUCGUCCCCGAAAGGUGCUGUAGACCAAAUAGCUAUGCGCUUUGUAAUGCAAACUCUUGUCAAUGGAAUACCUGAGAACCCGGACAUAUCCCAAGAAGUGAAAGAUUUGAUUGACCGGAAAAUAAUCGGCUCCAAAUUCACAGCUGUGAGGACAUUAGGUGGAGCUCACUUUGGGGGAGAAGUAGGAAUUAGGAAUGCCACAGACCAAGAACACAACAUUUUAGCAGAAGAGGGAUAUGUGUGGCAUGAUUUGCAUGAAUACAAACAAGUUAAAUGGAAAGGUUUUGAGUGCCGUUCUUUGAGGUAUAUGCAAGAACUGAAAUCAAACAACUCAUUCAUCUAUACCACGGAUGAUGAUUUCGGUGUUGUACAUUCAAUUGUGAUAUUGCAAGGAGAAAAUGAAGUGGCAGGUGUGUUUGCAACACUGUAUGAUUGUGGCAACCCACUUCAUGGCGCCUCACAUUUAGUCCCGAUUGUAAAUGAUGCUGGAAUGGUUUUUAUUCCCCUGUCUGAUUUAAGAAACUUAGCGCUUAAAAUGCAGGUGAUCAAUCAAUGGUACAUUGCACCUAUGGCAAAUCAGGUAGAAAUAGACUGAUGUUCUCAUUUAACAGUUUGUUUAAAAAGGUAAUCCAGGGUUAGCAAACAUCUGCUGCUGUUAUGCUCUUCUGUAAAUUUAUAAUUUAUUUAUUGUAUCAUAGCUUAAGUUUUAAAAUGUUUUUCACAGAUAGUUACCAUUGUCCUUAUCCUUUAAAACUAGGAGUGCUUGCUUGGUACACUCAAUAAAUAAACUAAAUAUUACAGUGUACACACAA